UUAACCGAAAGGCAAUGCCAGGGGACGCAGAAGCAGAAAAAUCAUGCUGCGUGGACCGGUGACUUUCAGGGAAAUGAAGAGGCCGAAAUAAGGAAUGCAAGAAGUUUUGACUUUUUAUUUGUGAGGUUUGAUUUUUGAGAGGAGCCGAGUUGCAGGAAGUGGACUGCAUAGAUCUCGGCCGACGGCCUAUACGGGCCCGUACAACGGGACCUGUACGCCCCGACCUACAGUAUAAAACCAAAAGACAUACGAGGAGAGAGCUGAAGUUCGGGUGUAACCAAACUGUACCGUGAGUGUAACAAUGGGCUGUAGUUCAGAUGAUGGUAGUGAUGAAGGGGGCAGAUGAGAUGGAAUAUACACAGGUAAAAAUGGCAAGGAAACAAUCAUGGUCAGAAGCAAAUCAGGAGUCAGAGGUGGCAAAAUAAUAUAGGUUAAAGGACUCCAAACCGGUAGAGAAGGAGUGACUGUUUGUCUUUACUAGUUGUUUUUGGAAAAGCCAAUUCCGGCUGAGCUACGUCAAGGGUGUAUGAUUUUCAGGGUGAGGAGUACCUCCCACAACCACUAAGAUGCUUAAAAUGUCAGAGAAUGGGACACAGCACAGCAAUGCCAAUGGAGGCAAAGGUGUGUAAAAUGUGGUUGACGACAUGAUUAUUGGAAGUGUGCUAGCGAUGCUAAGCUAAAAUGUUGCAACUGUCCAAAGACAUGCCAAAUAAGUGCAAAUAUAUAAAAUAGAAUAAGGUAUCAUAUGCUGAAGCAGUGAAGAACAUAGGUGUAUGUGAAAUUAACCAUAAUAAACCAAUAGAGGCUCAGGAAACUCGUAUUGACCAUACAGGACAUGCAGUAGGACUUCCUCAGAGAUCAGGCCAUAGAAGAUCUCAAUUAGCAUGGCCUGCCCCCCAACAGAAAUGUAACCAUAAGUGUGCAAUAGCAGAAGACACCUUAGUUAUUAAGAAAAAGAACUUUGUAGCCUUUAUAUGCAAUGUUAUCAAUGUGGCUUUAAGGCAAGAAAGGAAAAGUGACAGUAUCAAAACAGUUGUGGAAGCUGCAGAACAAUUUGUAAACCACACAAGGACCUGAAAGCAGAAGAAAUACACAAUAUUUUGACUAUACAGAAUGAUGCAGGCUCUCAGUACUUUAAUUAAAUUCAUAAUUGUACUCCCCAUCUUACAAUUGAAUGCAAGAAGCUUAAUAUUAAACGGACAAGAACUUAUACAUAACAUAAAUCUAUAACAGAACCUGGGAAAACACCUGAUAUUAUAGUAUAUAUGUGUGGGAAUGAAGGAGCAGAUAGAAUUGCUAAAAGAGGGAUUAGAAUGACGGACAUUAUAAAUGUACCUGCUGGUAAAGGUGAAGUAAAGGCAAUUAUCAAAAAACAAAUGAUGGAGAAAUGGCAAAGCAGGUGGGACGGGGAUAGUAGCGGAAGGAAAUAUUACAGAGUACAAAAAUCUAUCAAUGCACAAUGGGUGAUGAGGAAAAACUACUGUAGGUUAAAUAAAACAAUGUUUUUGGUCGGUAAAUGCAAAUGUGAAAACUACAGUAUGUAUGUAGUGUAAAAAUAUAGAAAAUGUGGAACAUAUUGCAACACUGCAAGAAAUAUAGGGAAAGCGUGUAAAGCUAAAGGAAAGGAUCACUAAAGGCCCUGUCACACCUUGACGAUUUAGCCAGCGCAUGCCCAACGUGAUCAUUUUGAUGGCAUAUGUUGAACUGUCGACGUUUUUUUCAAUUUUGGGCGUAUACAUAGCGUAUUCGUAACGAGUUCGACGUAUACAUGACGUAUUAGUAACUUAUAUAGAACGUUUCUAUAACUUAUAGACAACUUAUACCAACCAGCAUAGCGUGUUGCCGGCGUUCACAACUUAUGCCCAACGCCAGUCUAACUUAUGCAAACCGCACGGCAGCGUAUGGCCGACGAUCACGUGCCGUAGCCUAUAAAAAGGCUGCCACUUGAUGACUCAAAUCAUAACCUCACUAGACAUCGCAGUGUCAACAUUACCAUCAUGCCGAAGAAAAUUUCGAAGUAUCAGGGCAGUGACGGAGGCCGAGGGCGAGGACGUGGACAUAAGAAGGAUCCAUCACCACCCACAGCCUCCCACUCUCACUCUGAUGGAGAUGACGCAGGUUCUAUCGUCAAUGGUAUUGGAAGCUGCUUCCCCAGUGGCCUCCAUCUCCUCUCAGCCAACCCUUGCCAAGAAGAGAGCCAAGAAGACACAGUUUUGUUUCAGUGUCCAAGAGGAGCAGCUUAUGUGUGAUUUCCUUCGUGAGAACACCAUCCUCUUGGACAUCAAGAAAACUGACUACCGGAGAGUGGACAAGAAGGCAAAGCAGCAAUACAAUGUGACGAAUGAAGAGAAGGGGAGUGUCACUGCGACGCUAGCAAUGCGGCAAUUCCAUUAAGGCGUCAAUGGCACGUCUUCUUUCUCUGUGCCGACCUCCAGUGUUUGUGGCUCUGCUCGGAAGGAGGAACAUGUCACUGGACUACGGAGCACGCGAGGUGUUUAUGGCGGCGGUGGAGGCCGUGCAGCCGGACGUGGUGGUCCGGUAUGGUUUGCAGCGGAAAAACGACUCGGUCAUCAUCGGAGGCCGCAAAUUCCUCCUCCAAAACAACGUGCACGUGGUGGGCUUUGGCAAAGCCGUGCUGGGCAUGGCCACCGAGGCAGAGAGGAUUGUGGGAGAUCACCUGGUGGGAGGAGUCAUCAGCGUACCACACGGCAUCCAGCAGACUUUAAGGCAGCACGGCAAAGAGCAUCUGCUGUUAAAAGAAAGCAGCCGCAUCAGAGUCAUGGAAGGCGCUCAACACAACCUGCCUGACAGUGACUCCAUGAAGGCGGCCGAGUGCAUCGCCCAGUUAACGAGUACACUCACAGACAAAGACCUGCUGUUUGUGCUCAUCUCAGGUGGGGGUUCUGCAUUGUUACCUGCUCCCAUCCCUCCAAUAACGCUGCAAGAGAAAUUGGAUGUCACUCGCAAACUGGCGGCGGCUGGUGCCACCAUUCAGGAGCUGAACACGGUGCGACGUGCCCUCUCCGUGUUAAAAGGUGGUGGACUUGCAAAGCGUGCUCAUCCUGCUCAGGUGGUUGCAUUGAUACUGUCUGACGUGAUUGGCGACCCACUGGACCUGAUAGCGAGCGGCCCCACAGUGGGCGGUCAGGUGUGGCGUGAGGAUGUGCUGGCUGUUCUUGAGCGCUAUAAGCUGCUAGACUCUGCACCUGCUGCCGUGAAAGACGUGCUUGGGAGACUGCGUCCGCGACAGGAAGUUGAAAAGGACGAGACGGGGCAUGUGCUCAAUGCUGUGAUCGGCUCCAACAGCAUCGCCCUCCAGCGUGCGGGUCACCGUGCACAAGAAUUGGGUUUCAAUCCUGUUGUGUUGUCACCAGGAGUGUGUGGCGACGUGCGGUCGGUGUCCCAUCUUUACGGCCUCCUGGCACGCUUCGCCUGUUCCCAUGAGGACCCUCCAUCUGAGAUCACAGCAAAGGUGCUGAAACUUGGGCCCGAGGUGGGAGUGGAGAGCGCGGACCUGCGUCGCACCAUGCAGAGCUUGGAGCAGGCCCGUUCACAGGGAGGAGGCACCACCUGCGUGUUGGCGGGGGGGGAGCCCACCGUGGAGCUGACAGGUAAAGGGCAAGGAGGUCGGAACCAGGAGCUGGUGAUGAGAGUGGCACUGGAGCUGAGAGGUUUGCCACUCCCGCCUCACGGUCCUGUCUUCCUGAGCGGCGGAACGGACGGUCAGGAUGGACCCACGGAGGCGGCAGGGGCGGUCACGGAUGGAGGGCUGCAUGAAGAGGCCCAAAGACAAGGCCUGGACAUCUCCAGCUUCCUUCAUAACAAUGAUUCCUUCAAUUUUUUUAAACGCCUCUCUGGGGGGCACAACUUACUUGUACCAGGAUUAACCUGCACCAACGUUAUGGAUGUGCACGUCCUGAUUAUUCCACAGAGUAAAACGCAAUAACAUCCAUUUAUUUGAAAACACAGAAAGAUUAACUACUUGAUUUUAUCAUCCUUUUCUGCUUCCGUAAAAGUGUUUAACUUAUCCUUCAGUAUUAAAACCAGACACUUUAAAAUCGAAGUUUUAAAUAAGCUCCCAUGAUCAAUCUGCUUUUUCGCAUUCUUAUUUUUAUUGGUUAUUGUGAAGCCACUCCUAAUUUAUUCUAUUAUGGAGUGACUAUCAUGCUGGACUGUAAGUAUGACAAUGACAUGACUAUUAUAUGAAGUAAUAUGUGGUAUAGAAAUAAUGUAUACAUUACUUCAGUAGCUUUUGGUUAUUAUAACUAGUAAUUACUACUAACUGCACUGUUAUUUUGGAAAAAAAACAAACUUGGAGAUACAUGUGUUUAAUGUUUUUUGUCAUAUAUAUCAAAAAUAUAUAUAUUUUUGUUUGAUUAAAAAACACAUUUAAUUUGUGUUUGGGGGUUGGAUUCCAUCUCAAAAUAUGGCUGUGAUUUAACAAAUAAAAUAAAUUUUUGUCCUUUUUGGACGAAGGGGGAAAAAAAUAACAUUUAUUAAAAUGGUUUUUAUUUGGGUGAACUGGGCAGGGUUGUUGGAAGAAAAAAAAAAUGGAGAUAGAGCUUUUCAUUGGAGAGCAUCAGUUUGAAAGUGGUUGUACAGCUAACUGUCGAUCACCCAAUGGGUAAUGUGAAUAAAGAUCGUUUGUGUCCGACGUUGGCUGAGUUUACGCUCCACUAUAUAAAGCACCAGACUCUGCAGACGACAAACAUUGGGUUUUGUGCUUUUAAACAUGUUAGAGACUUAAACGACACCGUUAAAUGAUCAGA